UUUCUCCAACUACCUAAGUUCUUCGUUAUACUUAACACCGUCUUCGUCCUCUUCCGUCAUCUCUGACUGACAAUCAUCUGAAAUUUUUGCAUUUUCCACACCUUUCAAUCAUCAAAGGCCAGAAGAAGGACUCUUCGGAAGAGAAGAAGAAAAUGUCUACGGAGGCCAAUGGGGAAGCUGAAUCCCAGGCUCGACCUUUACUUUCCUCUGAAGUAUCACCCCUUGCACAGUCCACGUCCCAAGUAGCCGUUGUAGGUGCCAACCUCUGCCCCAUUGAGAGUCUUGAUUAUGAGAUCUCAGAGAAUGAUUUCUUCAAGCAAGACUGGAGGACUAAUAGCACAGUCCAGAUAUUUCAGUAUGUGUUCAUGAAGUGGCUGCUGUGUUUCUUGAUUGGUGGGAUUGUUAGCCUUGUUGGGUUUUGCAACAAUCUCGCAGUAGAAACUGUUGCAGGCAUUAAGUUCGUGGUCAUUUCAUAUAUGAUGUUGGCUCAGAGGUCUGUAAUGGCUUUUGUUGUUUUUUCUGUAUCCAACCUUAUGCUCACCUUGCUCGCGGCUCUCAUCACAGCUUUUGUAUCAUCAGCAGCUGCCGGAUCGGGCAUACCAGAAGUAAAGGCUUAUCUGAAUGGCGUGGAUGCGCCAGGAAUUUUUUCACUGAAGACAUUGUUUGUUAAGAUAAUUGGAAGCAUCUCUGCUGUGUCCUCAUCUCUUCUUGUGGGAAAGGCUGGACCUAUGGUGCAUAUUGGCGCGUGUGUUGCUUCACUGCUUGGUCAAGGCGGGUCGAAGAAAUAUGGCUUGACUUGGUCGUGGUUGCGGUUUUUCAAAAACGACAGGGACAGAAGAGAUCUUGUCACAUGUGGAUCAGCUGCAGGAAUUGCCGCUGCUUUUCGUGCCCCGAUUGGUGGGUUGCUGUUUGCCCUUGAAGAGAUGGUAUCUUGGUGGAGAAGUGCCCUUCUGUGGAGGGCCUUCUUUACGACGGCUAUAGUAGCGAUAAUACUAGUAGGGCUGAUUGACUUCUGUGACAGUGGAAAAUGUGGGCCAUUUGGUAAAGGUGGGUUAAUAAUGUUCGAUGUCAGUUCGACGAAUGUCUCGUAUGACCUAUGGGAUGUCCCCCCAGUUCUCCUCCUUGGUGUUCUAGGAGGCUUAUUCGGCAGCUUGUAUAAUUUCUUGCUGGAUAGGGUUGUCCAAGUCUACAAUUCCAUCACCGGGAAAUGUAGUGGGUACAAGAUUUUACUUGCUUGCUUCAUUUCCAUCUUCACAUCCUGUCUCUUAUUCGGAUUACCGUGGCUUUCAUCUUGUCUACCGUGUCCAGCCGAUGCUGAGGUGGUCUGUCCUACUGUCGGACAGGCUGGGAACUAUAAGAAGUUUCAAUGUCCUCCUGGGCACUACAACGAUCUUGCCAGCCUCAUCUUUAACACAAAUGACGAUGCAAUCAAAAAUCUUUUUAGCAAAGGCACCGAUAACGAAUUCCAGUAUUCGUCUAUACUCAUCUUUUUUGGCACCUGCUUUUUCCUCAGCAUAAUUAGCUACGGCAUCGUGUCUCCCACUGGCCUCUAUGUGCCAGUGAUUGUGACGGGCGCAUCUUAUGGACGUCUUAUUGCAAUGCUAGUGGGUUCUCACUCGACUCUUAAUCAUGGUAUUUUCGCCGUGCUUGGUGCUGCUUCCUUUCUUGGUGGAACAAUGAGAGCAACGGUUUCAGCAUGCGUAAUCCUCCUGGAGUUGACGAAUAACCUGUUAAUGUUACCACUGAUGAUGCUGGUUCUUCUAGCUUCGAAAACGGUAGCAGAUGCCUUUAAUAACAACAUCUACGACCUUAUCAUGAAGGCAAAAGGGUUCCCGUAUCUUGAAGCUCAUGCUGAACCGUUCAUGAGACAACUAACUGUCAGCGAUGUGGUGAAAGGCCCACUUCAGCUAUUUCAUGGCAUUGAAAAGGUUGGAAAUGUUGUCCAAGUGCUCAGAACCACAACACAUAAUGGGUUCCCGGUGAUUGAUGAGUCUCCCCUUUCAGAAUCCCCCGUUCUGUACGGUCUGAUACUGCGAGCGCAUCUCAUAGAACUACUAAAGAAGAAGGCCUUCCUCUCCUCUACAGAGCCAACAGGCAUUGAUGUCUCCGAGCAGUUCUCAGUAGUUGAUUUUGCAAAGAAGGGAUCGGGAAAUGCUGACAAAAUAGAGGACAUAGAUGUUACCAAAGAGGAGAACAUGUUCUUGGAUUUGCAUCCAUUCACUAACACUUCGCCUUAUACAGUUGUGGAAACGAUGUCAUUAGCAAAAGCUCUCAUACUUCUCCGUCAAGUUGGUUUGAGACACCUGCUAGUGAUUCCAAAGAUCUAUGAGAGAUCGCCUGUGGUGGGGAUAUUGACGAGACACGAUUUCAUGCCAGAAGACAUAUUAAGCUCGCACCCGGCAUUGACAAGGAGCAGAUGGAAAGGAUGGAGAUUGACGCUUCCUCGUUGGCUAAAUCCACAUUAGUACGACAAUCUUGCAUUUGAAGAUAGAAAAUUAC